GGUUCUUUGCCCCAAUUCUUCUGCAAAAAGCCCUGAUCCUUCACGUUUCGUCUCCUCACUCGCUCAGCGGGCACUGCGCUGCCGUAUCUCUGCUCCGUCAAUUCAACCAAUCGCUCAGUUCCUCUCACUCUCCGUGUUCAUAGGUGUCUUGGUAUGCCCUACUGAAUGAGAAUGAUGUGUGAGAUUUUGGUAACACCAUUAACUGGAAGUGUUGGAAAGAAAUAAGCUCAAGUGUAACUGAAUGGAUAUGCAGGACUUCAACUAGUUCGAGUUGAGGUCAACCAAAUAGAUGAAAGCAAAAUAAUUAUCUCAAAGAAGCAGUACUAGAGGAUCACUGUUUUUAUUUCUUCAAGUAAUUGAGCAGUGAAAUGGCAUCCCCAGCUUGGCUGCCCCAGGAAACACAGUCUUCAAGUUCACAGACAUCUGUUAUGAGUUCAGCCACUGGAGAACCAACUACAAGCUCUUCAACUCCAAAUGCAGAUUCAACUCAGGAAGCUGCCCAAGGGAAAUUUAUCUCCCCUCCUGGAUAUAGUGUUUGUCGGGCUUCUUUCUCUUAUAUGAAUGCUAAUGUCCCUUCUGGAAGCUCUCAACAGUCAUCUUCAAGUCCUGUCAUUCCAUCAACUUCCGCAGGUUCUUCAGCAUCGCUCCAACCUCCUAUUCCUGGCCAGUCUGCAAAUGUUGGCUCUUCAUUUUCAUACAACAUUUCACAAACUGAUAACAAUUUCUCCAGUGGCCUACAGUUCUCAUCUAGCACCUUGAGGCCUGCUGCUCCUGAUCAUUCUGUGGAUAUAAAUGCAUCUCCUGCAGCAUCAUUACAGCCUCCUCUUCCUCUGGUGUCCACAAGGUUGAGCUCAUUCAUGCCUGGAACUGCAGCAUCUGCAGGCCCCUUGAUUAGUGGUUCAAACUUAUCUUUCAAUGGAGGUCCUCAGAUGAUGCAGACAGAUCAAACAAUGAAACCUUUGCAGAAUAGAAGGGUAGACCUUGCACAGGAAACAGGAGGAAUGACUUCUGCAACUCUUGUUAUGCAUUCUGUUUCACAGGCCGUUCAUAUGAGUUCUGGUUCUUCGACAGCUGCAUUUCCAACUUCUCAUAUGGGCUCUCCAAAUAUAAUUAGAAUGCCCCACGCACCUCAAUUUCAGGUUCCAGCAGGAGUUCCUAGAAGUCCUGUUACUCCUGGUCCUCCUGGUCUUGGUCCAGCUAUACCUUCAUCUUCCAAUCUUACUGCUACAGUUUCACCCGGAGGUCCUUCUCUACCCUUAAGACCCAAUGCUCCUCCUGUUCAUGUUCUGGCCAAUCCAUCUGUUCAGCAACAAACAUAUUCUCCUUAUCAUUCUCCAGCUCCUAUUGCUCCAUCUCACCAGGGACCUUGGUUGCAGCCUCCACCAGUCACUACCAUGCUAAGACCACCAUUUCCAUCAUAUCCUGCAGGUUUUGCUGUUCCCUUUCCUUUGUCAGCUACUGGUGCACCACUCUCUUCAGUGACAUUGCCUGAUACUAGACCUCCUGGUGUAGCCCCAGUGGCAGCUCCACCUGGAGUGCCGACUACUGCUAGCCAGUCAACCCAUGCUUCAGGGUUGCAGCCAGAGUUACCUCCUGGAGUUGACAGCGGUAAGCAUGUAAAUGAUGCUGACACAAAACAAGGAGCUUCAACUAGUGAACAACUGGAGACCUGGACUGCUCACCGGACUGAAACUGGAGCCAUAUACUACUAUAAUUCUUUGACAGGAGAAUCUACUUACGAGAAACCUGCUGGCUUCAGGGGAGAGCCUGGCAAAGUAGCUGCACAGCCUACUCCUGUUUCAUGGGAAAGGUUGGCUGGUACAGAUUGGGCAUUAGUUGCUACUAAUGAUGGACAAAAAUAUUACUACAACACAAAAACAAAGUUAAGCAGCUGGCAAAUUCCUAGUGAGGUGACAGAGUUGAAAAAGAAGCAUGAUGCUGAUGCUUUGCAGGCUCAAUCCCCAUCAAUAUUGAAUGUUAAUGAGUCUACUGAAAAAGGAUCUGCUCCUAUUAGUUUAAGCAUACCUGCUGUUAGUACUGGUGGUCGUGAUGCGACAUCUCUAAGACCUUCAUUAGUUCCAGGAUCUUCUGCACUGGAUCUUGUAAAAAAGAAGUUAAUGGAUUUUGGUACUCCGCUUGCUGUUUCUUCACCAGCCCCAGCCUCGUCAGGAGUAAUAUCAUCUGAAGUAAAUGGAUCAAAAGCACUUGAAUCUACAACCAGAGUUCCACAAAAAGAAAAUAGCAAAGAGAAGUCAAAAGAAGCUAAUGACAAUGGCAAUUUGUCUGAGUCCUCUUCAGAUUCAGAGGAUGAUGAGAGUGUACCAACCAAAGAGGACUGUAUCAUCCAAUUCAAGGAGAUGCUGAAGGAACGUGGAGUAGCACCAUUCUCAAAGUGGGAGAAGGAAUUACCAAAGAUAGUGUUUGAUCCGCGCUUUAAGGCUAUUCCAAGUUACAGUGCUAGAAAAGCUCUGUUUGAGCAUUAUGUCAAGACACGUGCAGAUGAAGAAAGAAAGGAGAAGCGUGCAGCACAGAAGGCUGCAGUUGAGGGCUUCAAGCAAUUACUGGAAGAAGCAAAGGAGGAUAUCAGCGAGGAUACUGAUUAUCAAUCAUUCAAAAAGAAAUGGGGUCAUGAUCCACGCUUCGAGUCCUUAGAUCGAAAGGAGAGGGAAGUGCUUCUGAAUGAGAGGGUUCUUCAGCUUAGGAAAGCAGCUCAAGAAAAAGCUCAUGCUGUACGUGCUGCUGUUAUAUCUCAGUUCAAGUCCAUGCUUCGAGAACAAGGAGAUAUUACUUUAAAUACACGGUGGUCAAAGGUGAAGGAUAGCUUAAGAAGUGAUCCUCGUUAUAAGUCUGUUAAGCAUGAAGACAGAGAGACUUUAUUCAAUGAGUAUCUAUCGGAACUGAAGGCUGCUGAACAGGAAGUUGCACGAAUUGCAAAAGCAAAACACGAUGAAGAGGAUAAAUUGAAGGAAAGAGAACGUGCUUUGCGAAAACGUAAAGAAAGAGAAGAACAAGAAGUGGAGAGGGUGCGGUCAAAAGCUCGUAGAAAAGAAGCUGUUGAAUCUUAUCAAGCCUUGCUGGUUGAAAUAAUUAAGGAUCCUCAGGCUUCUUGGACAGAGUCAAAACCUAAAUUAGAGAAGGAUCCCCAAGGACGUGCAGCUAAUCCUCAUUUGGAUCAGUCCGACUUGGAAAAGCUUUUCCGGGAACAUGUGAAGGUGUUGUACGAGCGGUGUGUACAAGAGUUCAAAGUUUUGUUAGCCGAGGUCAUAACUGUUGAAGCUUGUUCACGAGAGACAGAAGAUGGUAAAACAGUUGCAAAUUCUUGGUCAACAGCCAAACAACUACUCAAAGGUGAUCUCAGGUAUUCAAAAAUGGCAAGAAAAGAUAGUGAAACCUUAUGGCGCAGAUAUGUUGAGGAUAUUCAUCGGAGGCAAAAGUCAACACUCGAUGAAGCAGACAAGGCAAGAAUUAAAGGAUCUUCUGAUUCAAGGAGAAGGUGAAGCAAGAAGCAGUAAAUGUAACUAUUUCUACCUUUCUCGACCUUUCGUCUAUAAGAUCAAGAGUAGUAGUCCUCAAGCAUUUAGGUUUUUAGGUUCAUCUUUUUAAGAGUCGUUAGGAAGCGGAGUACUUUCCGCCAGUUUCUUGGCAGUUUAUUUAUCCAUUCAAAGCCAGUGUUUAGAACUUUGUCAAAACUAAGCUUUCAUACUUAGGUGGUCAUGUUGUAGAUUUGAUUUCUUUUAAUUCCAUGCAUGUUAGAAUUUGAGAUCACAGCAAAUUCUCUUUCGUAGUAUUGAAUCAAAUCGAAUCAAUCUCUUUUCCAUUUGCUUGGAA